ACUGGUUGAAUUAAAUUCUCACCACAUCAGCUCCUGUACUGUCACACAGAAAAAGGCAUUUUAGAACUCAUUUUAGUCUAUUUAUGAUCUUAGGAGGACAUCUACAGGCAAUUUUAAGUACUACACCUAAAUAUAAUAACAUCAUCAGAAGGAGAGGGAUGAACAGGAGAUAGGCCUGUGCACCGUAAAACAAGCUAGUUGAUAUGAAACACAAUUAUAUUCAAAACCUAACCCUUGCCCGUGCCAUCCCUGGUUUAUCCUUCUACAGGUGUAGUACUGCCUCCAGGUGCUGGCUUCUGCUCCUUGUGCGGCGUGUUGCGCCUCAGCUGCCCACGGGUCAUUCACGUUCGCACCCACCGGGAGAGCAAUAGCGCUUGUGAAUUACCGCAAUAUAUAACAUUGAAUCACUCUUCUUUCCCCCAACACUGUUAUCAUUAUUAUCUUUUAUUUCUUUGAUUUGUCUCAUUGUACUAGAGGAAUAGCAUGGUAUUCAUAUACAGAACCACAUACAACAACUAAGAAAUACAAAAGUACAGAAUAAUAGAAAAUGUAAUAGAACUGAACAGAAUAACAAUAUAGGGACAGAAUAGGGAGGGAAAGUUAGGGAAGUAAAGUAUCAGAGAGGGAAAUACGGGGGAAAAUGGGGGACUAUCAGGACAAAGGAUAUUUAAUGGAUAGAAAGUAUGGCUGGGGAUAUUGCCAGGUUAAUUUAUAACAAAGUCUGGAAACUGAACUGAAAAGCAAAUAGAAGAAAGAGGAGUUUAACAUAUAUAAGCCCACGUAAUGCCAUCACUCUCCCGCCUUUGAGUGUCUAUUUGGGUGUCUGAUAAAUUGAACCAAUAGGGUAACAGAAAGAUAGAAACGCCCAGAUUGGGAGCAGUGGUUGGGUGUUUCCCUCCUAAUUGCUCCCAUUUUAAAAGGUACGGGGUUCUCAGUCGAGGAAAAGAUCCCUCUGAAGAAGCAGAAAAUUCUGCGAAACGUCAGGGUUUUUGAAACAGGACUUCACAGUGGAUUUUAACAUUGCUUGGUUUUUAAUCAUCUUUUGAUUUUAACUAAUAAUAUUAAAAGUUACGUUUUAGAGUUAAGAUGUGGAGGGGUAAGGGGGAGCUCAUUGCCUAAAGUGCAUAGACACUUGGGGAAACAAUCGUGACUUUAACCUCUGGAACGAGAUCUUUUAACAGGAUUGGACUCACAAAGAACAACGGAUUACAGCCCCAGCCCUUGAACGCAGGAACGCUAAGAAACAAUCGGUAACCUCAUCUCCAUCUCCAUAUCGCAAUAACCCGGCUUACAAAGAACACGGCGAAAGGAAAACGGAUCACAGCUCCAGCCCUGGAACGCCAAGACACAAUCGGCAACCUCAUCGCCACCUUCAUAUUUCAAUAACCCGGUCAACAAAAUAACAAAGUGGUAAGGACUGGUCCUGAGCAGCACACAACGUCCCGUGCUGUUCAGGCCUUCACAUCUUCUAUUCUAAAUAUAGUAUUAUCCUGCUUUUUUGAUUUACACUGUCCGGUUCUCCACCACAUGGAAGUGGUGGAGAAGGCACUUAAAAAUCAUGUAUUCCCUACUGGUAUGAUGAGACAGGUGCAUCGUGUCACCAACUUUAUUAAACCAUCUUCACCCACAGACUACACCACAAUAAAAUUAUCACAGAACACACACCAGUGGAUGCAAAACAACAUGUACAUACUACAGACACAUUACCAGUCAGUCACCCACACCAUUAAACAACAAAUAAACACACCCAACACUUUGGCACUGACAAUCGCAAUAGGCUGGGCACAUAAGAGGUACAAACAUAAACUGACACCCACCACCAUCACUAGAGUGGAAACCAUUUUGGAACUCCCUCAGGCCUCUUCCUCUCCCCAACUAACAACUAUACGGACAAACACAAUACGAGACCAACCACAUACACUUCCAGCAAUAGAACACACCCCACUACAAAUUUCCCCACCAACGAUACCAACUCCAACCCCAGUGCCCCCUCUCUCCUCAACAGAGGAAUUUCCACCUUUAUCAAAGCCUCGCCCCCUGCCAAAAAGACAACCAUCAUACUUACGGACACUAUCACUGGGAAAACAACCGACCCUGAGUGAAACCUAUAACCUUCGCAUACAGACUCUUUCAAAAACACAUCUCCACUCCCUACCCUCAACAUCCACUUUCACUGAUUCUUCCCUUUCCAAUCAAAAAGGAGAGGUAAGAAUAGCAACCCCUAUAACUGAAGAGGAGAAAUGGAAAAGCCCAGUGGGUCCCCCUACUCCCAAAGCAGCCACUCCUAUCAUAGCCCAGGUUCACCACACAGUCAACAGUCAAACAGAAACCAAAGCAGCCACUCCUAUCAUAGCCCAGGUUCACCACACAGUCAACAGUCAAACAGAAACCAAAGCAGCCACUCUUAUCAUAGCCCAGGUUCACCACACAGCCAACAGUCAAACAGAAACCAGUACACCUACAGUCACACCUAUUAAACAAAACACAAACUGCAAAAAAGUACAGGGUAAUGUAUCAAUACUAUUAAGAGACAUAAUUACAUCUGCUCCUCUUUCACCCAUAGGAGGCGCCAGGCAAGGGGUACAGACAAGGAGAGGGCAAUUCAAGGGGAGUAUGAUGAUGAUCAAAGGGCAAGACAAUGGGCAACACCCCAAAGCUCCCAGAUCCGAACCCCCACAAACAACUAAUAUCGUUGUGCCUCUGCCUGUCCAGGACCCCUGUACGACUGGCGCCUCAAAAUACCCACCAUCAUCCCCACCACAACCCCAUCUUCAAUCCCAACCACAGCCCAAACCCACACACCCUCCCCAAAAACCCUUCUAUCACAAAGCUAGGCCGAAUUAUAAGGUGACAGAUUGGAACAUUGAAGGACACACACCAAUACUCAUCAUAGGAGACUCAAACCUCAACCGGAUCCCACCAUUCAAUAACCCCAACAUCCAAGUCGACAGUUAUCCAGGGGCAACAUUCUAUCAUUUCACAAAGGUACUGGAGAAAACCCCCAUACAUACAGACACGGCGACUGUUGUUAUCUCGGUGGGUUUGAACAACAAGGAUCACGACCCAUUCCAAACAUCAUUAAAACAGUUGUCAGGUAUGCACAAGGAGGCAAAGAAAACAUUUCCAAACGCAACAAUAUACAUUCCUGUCAUCAGCCAUUCACCUCUUCUUACUUCACAGCAGAAGAGAAACCUUAAGCUCAUCAAUGCUUAUAUUACCACUAACUUCCCAACCCUAUUAGAGAUUCCACAAGAUACAUUUCAUACAACAACAGAUCUCAUACACUGGACAUCCACCACAGCAGACCUCAUCUUUCAACACUGGUGCAGACAGUUAAAUUUACAUUAACCACAAGCCACAGUCUGGAUAGAAAUAAUCUUUCUUUCAAUCUCUCUCCUUCCCUAAUAACCGGUGCAGAUCCUCCACCAGGGGGAGCAGUGGACCAGUCAACAUCUAAUAUCAUGAAUCUUUCCAAAUCCUUCAUACCCACAGCAGCACAGGUAAAGCUCCUGGAGAGAGGGUUGACAUUCAUCCCUCGCCCAAACAAAUUUGAUUGGGAGGAACUUCAAAGGGACACUCACAAAUAUCAUAGAAGACUUAAACUGUUGGACUACUUUGACUAUAACACAGACGACAACCACCAACCAUUUACCUUACCAUCUACCUGGGAACCUAAAACCUCCCAGAUAGAUGGUAGAAUCAGGAGAUUAAUCAGAACAGACAAGAACACACUUCACAACCACCAGAUUCACACGGAUAGGGAGGAUAACCUCACACACGUAGAAAGACAGGCAAUACAACAACUUAAAAAUAACCCACACAUAAUCAUCAAACCAGCAGA